AAAGUAAAAUAUGACAGCUCUUACUUAACCCUACUAAGACAGAGAAUCAAACACAGAACAGUAAAAAGAGGAGAAUCUCUGAAUAUCCACUUUAAACUAGUUCCCUCUUGUCCUAACUCUCUCAGAGUCAUUUAAUUUUUUUCUUUCAGUUGUUUUGACCCAUACUUCUUUUUUUUGGCCACUUCUCAUGGGUUCCAACACCUUCUAUUUACUCUACUUCUUUCACAGCUAUAUAUAUGGUCCCUUCCUUGAACUUGAAACUCACUCAACAACCAGCACUGCUACUCUACUUGUUAUCAUCACUUCCCCUGCCAAGAUGAAUAAAUCCUGUUGGAGAAAUAAGAUCAGUCCUACAAACAAUGAUGGAUUGACAUGGUAUAAAGAUCUUGGCCUUCACACAUUUGGAGAGUUUUCAAUGGCAAUGAUCCAAGCCAACAGUGUGAUGGAGGAUCAGUGCCAGAUCGAAUCAGGGCCAUUGACAUUCAACAACCUUGCAGUUCAAGGCACUUUUGUUGGAGUUUACGAUGGUCAUGGAGGCCCAGAGGCUUCCAGAUUCAUCGCAGACACCAUCUUCCCCAAUUUAAAGAAGUUUGCUUCCGAGGGUGGAGAGGUUUCCGAGGAGGUGAUGAGGAACGCAUUUGCAGAGACGGACGAAGAUUUUCUCAAGGCGGUGAAGAAGCAAUGGCGGAAAAACCCACAGAUGGCAUCAGUGGGUUCAUGUUGCUUGGCGGGAGUGAUAUGCAACGGGCUGGUGUAUAUUGCAAACGCUGGAGACUCAAGGGCAGUGUUGGGAAGAUCCGAGAGGGGUAGAGUGAGAGCUGUUCAGCUAUCAGUAGAGCACAAUGCCAAUGUAGAGUCUGCGAGACAAGAGCUAUGGUCAAUGCAUCCUAAUGACCCCAACAUUCUUGUGAUGAAACACCGAAUGUGGCGUGUGAAAGGCAUCAUCCAGGUCACAAAAUCAAUAGGGGAUGCAUAUCUCAAAAGAGCAGAGUUCAACAGAGAGCCGUUGCUGCCCAAAUACAGAGUUGCAGAACAUUUCACCGAGCCAAUACUUAGUGCGGAUCCAUCAGUCACGGUUACUAGGCUUAAACCGGAAGAUGAGUUUAUGAUUCUUGCUUCAGAUGGGCUUUGGGAGCAUCUUAGCAACCAGGAAGCUGUUGAUAUUGUACAUAGCUCCCCUCGCCAAGGAGUAGCAAGGAGACUACUGAAAGCUGCAUUGAAGGAAGCAGCAAAGAAAAGAGAGAUGAGGUACUCAGACUUGCAAGAGAUCAAUCCUGGUGUUAGAAGGCAUUUCCAUGACGAUAUAACCGUUGUUGUGGUCUAUCUCGAUCCCCAAAAGGUCCAAGCCAAUGGCUGGGCUUCUCAACUGUCAGUUAGAGGUGGCUACCCAAUGCAUUGAAGCAAAAAAGCACUAGUAGUAUAGCUAGAAGGAUAUUUUUAAAUUGCGAGAUUAUGUUCUUUUUUAAGAACAUAAAUUCAAAUGUUACCCCUGUAUGCAAAAUUGUACAAGAGGGCAACAUCACCAUCCAUGUCAAUGCUAGUAAAAUUUAAUUUUCAGAUUA